GGCCUCGGCACUGCCCACUCUUGAAUUCAAGUCGCAUCUUUAAGUGACAUUCUCUUUUUUUGUACUUCGUCUGUGUUGCUGUAACAAAGUUGCAUCUACAACUUUCAAUUUUUCAAGAGUCCCCUGCGCUUAUCUUUAACAGAUACAGCUCUAUGCAUACUCUUGGUCUGAUUUCACUGUUCGGUCAAGGCUGAGUAUUUCGCACAACUUUGGAAAGGGUUGGGUUGACAUCACUUUAUAACGCACCAUCCCAUUUAUAAGAGAAUUGGGUGGGGCACCCAGCAUAUAAAGACAAGAGGCAUAACAUAAAGGGGCAACUAUGAGCGACAAGUCAAGUCAACCAGAUGCACCUGAGAAGGUAGCAUAUUCUGCGCCCGAGGUAGAAGAUGCAUCAGACCCAGACGAAGACGAUCUAGAUGAUCUAGAUGAUAUGCUGGAAGAGUUCUCUCAUGUGAAAGUGGACACGUUAAAACCUCCAUCAGUACUUGGGCCUGGCAAGCCUACCAAGAUCACACCACCCUCCAUCCCAACUGCCACUUCAGCUUCAGCUCCGGCUCCGGCUCCGGCGCCCGAGGCUGCCGCCGCUGCAGCAUCAUCUUCAAGUGCAGACAACCUAUUUGACGGACUGGAUGAUCUCACCGAGGAGGAAUUCGAGAAGCAACUCCAAGCUGGUAUGGCAGAAUUAAUGAAUGGAUUGGGCAGUUCGCCAGAUAUGCAAGCCCAGUUUGAAAACAUAUUCAAAGGACUCGGUGAACCUGCUGCCGGGGGAAGUUCUGGAUCUAAGCCAGAACCAGCCCCCCAAACAGCUGACAAGGCAGCAACAGCAGCAGCAGAUUCAAGCCAGGACGCUUCAUUUCAAGAGACGAUCAAGCGGACUAUGGCUAGGAUGCAGGAAUCCGGCGCCCAAGCAACUGCUGCUGCCGCCGCCGAAGGGGGUGAGGAUGACUUCAUCGCCGAGAUGAUGAAGAUGAUGAAGGAUCUCCCUAGCGAAGGUGGUAGUGAGGAGGACCUCUCCAAGAUGCUGAUGGGGAUGAUGGAGCAGCUCACCAACAAGGAGAUACUCUACGAGCCUAUGAAAGAGUUGAACGACAAAUUCCCCGCGUGGAUGGAGAAGAACAAGGACACCCUACCACCAGAUGACUUGAAGCGCUACCAGGAGCAACAAGUCCUCGUCGCAGAAAUGGUGACGAAGUUCGAGGAGCCAGGUUAUACAGAUUCUAACGCGACGUACCGAGAGUAUAUUGUGGACAGGAUGCAGAAAAUGCAAGCUGCAGGAUCACCGCCCCACGACUUGGUUGGUGAUAUGCCUUCUGCUAAGGAAGUGCUCGACGCACCGGAUGAGUCGUGCGCGCCGCAGUAACGAACGAUGCAGAGAUGAAGCCCUGAAAAUGUAUUCCUACAACUGGAUCUUUUCGGGUCCAAAUACCAAAAGUGGUUUGUACAUAGAGGAUGAUGCGAUCUCAUCACACCCAGCAAUAGAAUCCUAAUCCUAAUAUACCCCGUAACGCCAAGCUAUGACCCUCCCUAAAAAAACCCCUGCCCAGGUAUGUGGUGGCGGUGGACUAAUUACAAACGUUGAAACGCACCUGAACGAUCUUACGACAUAUCCAUCUGUCCCGAUGAUACGAAGCCUUGACUACU